ACUGAGCAAAUACUAAAACUUUUCAAUCAGCUGACAGCUCUCGACCGAGUACGUUUCAAAAGUUUCUUUCCUGACAAAAAGCAAAAUUAUGUUUAUGAUGUCAUUCCUACUGCUUUGGGAGUAACACCCAAUUGGGAAAUCUACAAAAGGAGAAAGGUUCAUGUGAAUUUUAAUGGAGCUCAACAAGACCCUUCAUUCCGCAUAACUGCCUAAAUUUUGCUCAGCAGGUAAAACAAAGGCAUCUUCCUACGAAAGAAAACAAUUCCCAUGCCGAUGUUUGAUUGGUUGAAGAUGAAGGGACGAGAAGAUGAAGAAUCCAUUAUAUCAGACACCAAUAAAAACACCUCUGCAACCAACAUGAUCGAGGUUGCAAAGGGACUGGGAACAAUAACCACUGGUAUCUUCAUCGUAGGUGAGAUGGCCGGAACAGGAGUAUUAGCAUUACCACGAGCUAUCGUUGAUGCCGGUUGGUUCGGUCUGCCAUUAAUAAUAAUUGCUGCGAUCAUGUCGGCUUAUACGGGUGUAGUUCUAGGCCGGUGCUGGACCAUCAUCAAGGAUAGGUUCCCAGAGAAGUAUGCCGGACAUACUCGGUAUCCCUACCCUGCCAUUGGAUUCGAGGCGUACGGCAAAAUAGGAAGCUACAUAGUAACGUUUUGUGUGAACGCAACCCUGUUUGGAGUGAGUACGGUCUUCCUCCUACUAGCAGCAAGUAAUAUGGAGCUUUUAGUCGGAAAGGGGUUCUCAUUCUGCUAUUGGUUGCCCAUCAUAGCAGCCUGUCUCAUUCCUCUUACGUGGUUUGGCACUCCCAAAGAUUUCUGGCCAGUAGCCAUUGGCGCAAUGGCAGCUACCAGCAUUGCCUGCAUCCUUCUAUUCAUUCAAAUCAUGACGGAAAUCCAUGACUACCCGGACACGACACACACGUCGCCCUCUUUCGUCAGUUUCUUUGUAGCUUUUGGAACCAUCAUAUUUGCCUUUGGAGGACAUGCAGCUUUCCCAACGAUACAACACGACAUGAGGGAGCCAAAAUCAUUCCCGAAGAGUAUUGCUCUGGCGUAUUCAAUCAUUGUCAUGAUGUACUUCCCCGUGGCAGCUGCCGGUUAUUUCGUCUACGGUGAUCUCUUCAUCACCAUGAACACCGACUACAUCCUCGAUGUCAUAUACAAGGGAGUCAUCCACAAGAUCGUCACCACCAUGAUUCUACUUCAUUUGGUUCUCGGUUUCGUCAUCGUCAUCAACCCAUUCUGUCAGCAGAUCGAGGAAGCCCUUCAUAUACCAUUGCAAUUCAGCUGGAAGCGGAUGAUUCUUCGAACCCUUGUCGUAGGACUGGUCCUCUUUACGGGUGAAACCAUUCCCCACUUUGGAGCUAUCCUCUCCCUAGUUGGAGGGUCAACGGUGACCUUCCUUACGUUCGUCUUUCCAUCCCUCUUCUACCUUCGACUCUUAUACGGAGGCUCUCACAAAGAUCCAUCAAUUAAUGACCGUGAAAGACAUCUUGCCAUUCACCACAAAGUUAUCCACGCUGAGAUCAUACUGGUUGGCGUUCUAGGGGGCGUGGCAUCGACGUACUCCGUGAUUUACUCUAUAGCAAGUGGCCAAUCACAAUUCACCGUACCGUGCUACGUCAACAUAACAGCAGCCCAUCUCUAAACUUUCCAACCAAUCAGCUGGUGAGCUCCAUCGCCCCCAGUAAUGCAAGAUGUGCUGAACGCCGAGCUUUGUCUGUACCUAGAACUUCCAUUAGUGACUGGACACUAUCAUGUUGUUAAAACCAAUAUGGGUCCAUUGACCAUUUUGCUUUUGAUGGGAAUCAAACUUUAGGGUAAUGAUCCUCAAUAUUUGAGAGAGAAUGGGUCGUAUUUUUUCCAAUGUUAAAUGUCAUGUAUAUACACUGUAAGAAAUGAAGUGAUAACUUAGCACUGACAGCACUUCAUUUUUACAGUGUUCACUCUAAAAACACUGAGUAAAAAAUUA